UCUGGUAAUUUUGAUAUGCCUUCCGGCGACCGUCGUGUCAGAUGUCAUACAGUCGUGGUUCCUAGGGAUCAUUAUGUGCAAGUUAUCCGUGUAUCUUCAGCGCGUAUCCGUGUUUGUGUCAGUGCUGACGUUGACGUCUAUCUCUGUAGAGCGCUACCUGGCGAUCUGUCAUCCGCUACGCCACCAUGGAUCGUAUUUCAAGACGAAACCAAUCAUAGCAGUGAUUUGGAUCGUUUCUCUCGCCACGCCAUCGGUGGAUUUUUACAACAUGAUCCUAGUGCAUGACAGUGAGAUUCCAGAAAGUCUGCGACCAUGGCUGACAGUGUGCGGGCCACGGGACGAGACUCUCGAGAUGGAGUUUAACAUGGUCCUGGUCGUCGUCUUCUUCUUAAUUCCGUUGGAUUUACAGUACGAGUCGGCAAUAGAGCAUCUACAAGUCCGACGCAGGACAGCUAAGAUGCUGAUUGUUGUCGUCAUCACGUUUGGACUCUGUUAUCUUCCAAUUUAUGUUUUAAAUAUUGCCAGAUCACCGGAAUUCAACGCACGUGCCAACGUUGAAAAGCACGUUUCCAUCAACAAGGACCAAUCAUUUCCGCAUGACAUUCCGUAA